UGGCGUACAAAGUUAUUUUGGCAACUGAUAACGGUGAUUAAAAUGGAAAUUUAUCCACAUAGCAAACCAUUUUUUCUGCAAAAGUACCCUAAUUUGAGGGUACUCCAUAUAUGAUGAUAUUAAGAUCAAUGAUGGCUGCAGUACGGAAAGGGUCAUCAGGGGCCUUGGAGAGGGUGCCAUCAGCUGGUACCAGAAACAAACCUGUUGGUGCGCCCCUAAGAGCCAUUCACCCUAACAGCAGUCCAGUGUAUAAAACCCAGUCAGAGACAGCCAUCACUGCAGGACUUUCAAAAUUAACAAUAAAUGACAAUAAAAAUAGACCAUUACAAAAGAGAGUGUUGUCAGGUAAGGCAAGCUCGAAUGGUUUGGUUAAAAAUGUUGCAGAUGCAGCUGGAAGGUUACAGAUGGAAGCCGUAAAGAAUGUUGUUAUAGUAGCAGGAGCUGGAAUCAGUACCCCGAGUGGAAUACCAGACUUCAGGUCACCUGGUACAGGACUGUACGACAACUUGCAGCAGUAUAAUAUACCAUACCCAGAAGCCAUCUUUGAUAUAGACUACUUCUUCCUGAAUCCUCGACCGUUCUUCACCCUGGCAAAGGAGCUGUACCCGUCAGGAAAAUAUCGACCAAAUUACAUCCAUUACUUCGUCAAGCUGUUGUAUGAUAAAGGUCUACUUCUACGCAUGUAUACACAAAAUAUAGAUGGGCUUGAAAGAUUGGCGGGCGUGCCUGCAGAGAAACUUGUUGAGGCUCAUGGAACGUUUGCUACUGCAACAUGUACAACAUGUAGACAGAAGAUGGAGGGGUAUGAAAUAAAGGAGAAAAUAUUCACAGACAAACUUCCAAGGUGUCCAACCAGAGGAUGUGUGGGUAUUGUAAAACCAGAUAUUGUGUUCUUUGGUGAAGAUUUACCACGCAAGUUCUACAGUUAUAUGAAGGAUAUGUUACAAGCUGAUUUGGUUCUAGUCAUGGGAACUUCAUUAGAGGUUCAGCCGUUUGCUGGUAUAAUAGAUACAGUACGAUUUAAUGUACCAAGAAUUCUGUUCAACAGAGAAGCUGUUGGUCCCUUCAAAUACCAAAAGAGAACGCAAGAUGUUGUAGUCACUGGUGAUUUGAUAGACAACAUGGUGAAAUUUGCAACACAGGUUGGUUGGAAAGAAGACAUGGUUCAACUUAUAACUAAACAGGAAGGACAGUUUACUAUUGAGACAAGGAAACGUUUACCCCCUAAAGGGCCACCUAAACCAAAACCUGCCGUGGGAAAACAGCUAAACAAAAGUCCACCAACUCAGACAAACCAAACGAAAGUCAAUAACUAUACCCGUGGACCUGUGAGAGGACGGCCAACAUUUACUUUGUAUGACACGGACUCUUCAUCUACUGAAAGCUCAGAAAGUGAUAGUGAUGUCACUUCCUCUGACUCUUCAGAAGAGGAAAACAAAAAAGGUAGAUUCAGGGGACUUAAUCGUGGAAAACUUUUGAAUAAUAAUAAUUUAAGAAAUGGUGCUAAUAGAAAUAAUGGUGUUAGGAGUACCAGUGCGAAACUUGGUGAUACAAACAAUAAACGAGACUUGCAUACACAGAGAAACAUAAAAUCUGGAAAGUUUUCACCAGCUGGUAGCCUAACUGGAAGAAGUGUAAAGUCAGAAAGUGCAAUCAAUGCUACUCUUGCAAAAAGAAAACUGGAUAAUGCAAAAAAUGUAACAUCCACUUCAGAUAACAGAACUAACACUAAAGUUGAAAACGAUUCGCAACAGUCCAAAAAAGAUAUCCCCCCAGUCAUUGAGAAACAAAAAGUGCAGCAGGCUGAAAGAGAAAGGGUUCUCAAGAAGUAUGGUUUAGGGUCUCAGCCUGUCCUAAAUAAUUUGACCAAAAUUACAAAACAUUCAGUAGAUGCAAGUGUUUCUAAUGAUGGAGCUAUCACACCUGUAGAGAAAAAUGUGGUUACUGACAAUGGUGUGAAAAUGCCUGUUGAAAGAAAGGAAAAGCCAUUGAAAACUGUCAAAAGUGAUAGUGUAAUUGCAUGCUCAGGUUACUUUGUGGAAGACUUGGGUCUUAAGGAAAGUGUUAAAAACAACGCUGAAGAAGUGAAUGGAAAAGCAGUAUCAGAUGUAUCUGUAGGUGGAUGUAAAAAGCAGUUUGAAGAAUCCAUUAAAAUAGCAGAAAUGGAUGCAUACAUUUCAAAUGAAAUAGAAACUUUCAGAAAACAGAGAAAUGCUAAACAUAUUGAGAGUUUGGAACCUAGUAUAAAGGCAGAAGAAAGUGAACAAAUAAAAGUUCAUGAACAGAAUUCCUGGACAAGGGACACACCUACAGAAUCUAAAACACCACAUGCAUUUGACAGUAGGAAUAAAGACCUAGAACUGUGUUCGGAAAAGGAAAUAAUGAUCAAAGAUAUUGCAUCGAAGAAGGAUAAAACAUCAAAAGAUAAGGAUCUCCAAUUGUUAGAUAAUACAGACAAAGAUGCAGAACUGGAACCUGAAAACCCAAAAGUUGUAGAACAUAAUAAAUGGAAGAAAGAGAGCUCAGCAAGAGACAAGGUGUUGCAAUUGCUGGAUAGAAAAGUCAAAGGCCCUGUUGAAAUUGAUAGCUGUACAAGUUCGGCAGCGAGUAGAAAUGAAAAUAAGAAUGAUAAAGGUUCUAAAAUGUUGUCAGAAAAAGCUGCAAAAUCUUUUACAAAGUAUGCAAAGUUAGCUUCACACAAGAAAGGUGGUAAGAAACACAGCAAGAAACAUAGAAUAAGUCAGAAAGACAGACCUCCACCAGGAGCUAGACAGUCACCAGGAGCCAAAUCGCUCCUUGGUAAAACCCAGCUGAAAUCUAUUAACUCUCGCCCAUAUGGAUAUGCACACAGGCAGGCAAAUGUUGUCAAAGGCGUCGGCCCUUUUCACCGGACAAAUAAACGAACAUUAAACAGUGCCAUUGAACAGUGUCCUUCAAACAUGACACCACGAUCAGGUUCGGCAGAUUUACCGAAGAUAAGUUACCGACAUCAGAUUCAGCCGACUCCCACAUACGAUACUCGCAGUUUUGGUAUGAGAGACAAUCUGAUGGUUUGUCCAGACGUAGGAAACAAUAUUCCUGAAGAAUCUAGAUGAUGAUUGUAUUUAUUUAGAAAGAAUUAAUUUAUUUUUUACUUGGUAGUAGUAUGUAGAUAGCCAUUGAUGGAAUGUAAAAUGGUUUUUCAGUUACCAGAAUUACUUUUGACUAUGUCAGUUACCUAUGUCUAUUCAAGAUGUUCAAUCUGGUUUUCUACAUGUUAUGAACUUUAAAAAAAGAAAUAUGUGGAAUUAAUUUUUACCUCAGUUAAUUUUAAUAAUUAAUAUGUAUGACAUAGAUAUAUGAAUAAAUCUUGAAAUCUUGAGUAAAACCUAAAUUAGAGUAAUUGUCUGUAAACCUAAGAUGGAAUAAUUUAUUGUGUAAACCUUAAAUGGAAUAAUAUCGGGUAAAACAUUAUUGUAAAUGUGACGAAACAGGAUCAAGGAUGACCUACAUAUUCUCUUAAUUAACUGCAAGAAAAACAUUUUGAAAUACAACUUUAUGACAGGUCAACAGGUGGACUAAUUAAGGACCUUCCUAAGUACAUCAGUUUUCAUGUAUUUUGUUCAGUUAAAGAUUUUAGUGUAAUAAUAAUUGUCAAUUUUGGUUUUGCAGUUGUUUUUUUUUUUUCUGCAGCAUAUUUCUUUUGCCCCUAAUUAUGUUUUUUUUUGAACUUUGAAAAAUAUAAUAAUGUUAUAAAUAAUAGUCUUCCCCUAUCACUGUAGUAUUAUGUUAAUUAUUUCUGUGAUACUUUCUCUUAAUCUUGUUAUCUUGUUUAUAUUACUGUAAAAUCAGAACUAUUUGCAAGUGAAUAAUUUUAGCCAGUUGAAGGGAAAGGCAGCAUUGUUGUUGUUGUUAACUCUGUCUGCAGUGUCUUAUUAGAUAUUUAAGACAGUUAAAGAAUUUUUAAAAUCUACUUUCGACUUUCAAAAAAUGAAAUAAAUAUGAACGUUUUAAUGUUUAAUCAAAAUGCAGCCAUUUUGUUUCCAUGGCAACAUGACGUAAAAUGUAGGUAUAUUUAUUUUUAUUUUUAAAUAUUUAUUUGAACUGUAUGUUGUUAAAACUAUGAAAUAAUUUCUCAAAGUUUUCUAACUAGAACAAAGGAAAUUGCCAUACUUUCUCAUCGUAACGCCAAGAAAAUGUAUAAAUUAAAGUAUUUAGAAGGCUAUUUGCUAAAUAAAUACUUCAGCAAUAUGUAAGUGAUGUCACAAACACUAAAAUGGCUGCUUCCGUGGUUAGCCAAUUUUAAACUCACAUAUCUGUUUCAAAAUUUGUCCUAUUUUAGAAAUACUUUCAGCAUUAUGAUUGCUGGAUGCUUUCAUAUAAAUCUACUUAUGGGUAGAGAUUCCUUCCCCUUUAAGCAUUUAAAAUCAUAAAAUCAUUUUGCAAAAAUCAGUCUUUAGAAAACUAGGAUUUAAAUUAGUUAUAAGUGAAAAAUUAUUUUCGUGACAAGAGGAGUUAGAAUGUUUCUGCAUGUCACGAAUUUUUCGUCAUGCCAAAGUAUUAUAUUACAGAACAUUGUUAAUUUAAGCUUUAGCAUGCUGGCGGCAAGUGAUUCUGCCUUUGCGACCAGUGCAGACCAAGAUCAGCCUUCACAUCCAUGCAGGCUGAUCAUGGUCUGCACUGUUCGCUAUUCAGGCAGUAAAUUUUUAGUAAACACCCCUUCAGAUGAUAAAUGGUACUGCCCAAAUUGGAAGAUGGACCAGUCCAUUAUAGAAAUUUAGCAGGCUAAGGGUUAAGCAGUUUGUUUCUAUUCAACAUCAUUGAUCUUGCAGCACUAAUAUUUAUACUCGGUGUUGUGUAACAAUAGUCUCUCGUGCUGAAAGGCUUGUAAGAUGCAUUAUUCAAACAGCAUUUAGCAAAACAACAUAGGUUUAUUUUAUACUUCAUUUUUCGUACAUGGAGUAUGUAUAGUUACCUCCAUUACCUAGCAUUACCUCAUUUAGUUUAUUUUAUUUUUGUGAAUAUAGCAUGUACUGAAAAGCACUUGCUUAAGAAAUUAGACAAAAUUUAUGUGUUCUGUUUUGGCUGUAAAAAGAUGUGUAGAUUACCUGUAUGUACCUUUUACAUGAAAAAAGGGCAACCUUUUAUGCUUCCUUUAUAAAUAUGAGCCGUGCCAUGAGAAAACCAACAUAGUGGG